AUGCAAAGAUUCCUUAUCAACGUAUUAUCCCUUUUGCCAAUAAUAUUAGUGGUCAAAGCUGAUUUGUUAUUCAGGAGAAACGAGAACAUUACAUACGAUGAAGAGCUAGAGGAAAGAUGCUCCAAUGAACCUAGCUGCAUCAAAAGCUAUCAAAUCCAAUAUGACCAAUGCGCUACAGACGACGAUACUGAACUUGGCGAGCAACAGGUGCUAGAUUGUUUAUGUGAUUUGUCUGAUUCUGAAUUUUGGAACGAUCUUCUCAAAUGUGGUCAAUGUUCUAGCCCUGAAAUCUCUGAUCUGGAUAUCAAAUUCUUAAAAGAUUACUACUGUUCUGGUGACUUAUCAGCUUACUACAGUAUCUAUUCUGACCAAGUUGGCAAUGAUCAAAGUUAUGGUUCUGCUACUCUUGAUUCUGAAGCUUCUUCAACAAUAGGUUUGGAAUCACUUUUAACCUCGUCAGAUCCAACUCCAACUGGUUCUUUAACAUCAUCAGCUUCAGAUUCUGAAACUGAAAUCAGCUCAGAAUCCUCAACUAUUUCUUCUGAUUCUUCUGAUUCUUUAGAUUCUUUAGAUUCCUCUGACUCUUCUUCUGAUUCUUCUUCUACUGGAUCUGCUUCAAGUUCUAAUUUUGCUGGAAAUGUCGCUCCCUCUGUUAAAGUUGCUGUGUCAUCUUCAGUAAUUGGCAUUUUGUCUCUUUUAUUUCUUUAA